AUGGCCAAGUUCUUGUGCCUCUCUCCAGAGAUUGUCUAUGCAAAUAUAAGCAUGAUAUGUCCCAUCAAUCCUUGCGAAAAUAAUACCUGCGAAGAUGGUUCUUCAUGUGUUGCACUGAAUAGCACAUCUUUCUGCCUGUGUUCAGAAGGAUAUUACUAUAAACAGUCCACAUGUUUGAAAGGAAAGGUAUUCCCUGGAUAUGUUGUCUUACAACUUAAUAAAACAACUGACUUGGAAAGUAAAACUUCCCAGGCUUAUGAAGAUUUACAUGAAAUAAUAACUAAAUUUUUUGGGGAUGUAUUCAAUCAAUCUGAUUUUGGACAGACUGUAAUUCUUAAAGUAAGCGUAUUUCCUUCUCGGUUGGGAAGAUCAGAUAUACGUGCUGACCUGCAAGGAAAUGUAUCAGUAGUAAACAUUUUUGCACAAAAUACAAGUAAAACUGAAGAGUCUGUGAAAAAGACUAUUACGGAUGCAAUUGAUAAAGGUGGUGCAACGAUUAAAGGUUUUACCAGUCAAAAUCGCUGUGACUACUAUGGUUGUAACAGAACAGGAGGUGAAUGUGCCGACGGCCUCCUUUGUGAUUGCAAAAUUGGGCUGGAGAGACCUAACCCUCAGGUCUCUUUUUGUCUUCCUGUGAGUCAGAAGUGCCCUGAGAACUGCAACGCGAAGAACAAUAUGCAGUGUUUGAUGGACAAGGACGGCCAAGCCCUGGACUGCGUGUGCCUGUCUGGCUUCAGGAAGAAUAACGAGACCUGUGAAAAGUGUCCUUUUGGCUACAGUGGAGUUGACUGUAAAGACUCAUUCGAGCUGAUCCUCACCAUCGUGGGCACCAUCACCGGCAUCAUCAUCAUCAGCCUGCUGAUUGCCCUGAUCUUCUCAGCCAGAUCAAAGAACAAAAAGAAGAAUAUUGAAGAACAGAACUUGAUUGAGAACGACUUUCAGGAUAUCAGACUGGAGCAGACAGGCUUCAGCAAUCUAGGAACAGGAACCAUCUUCCCCAAAAUCAGGAUUGCAGCCUCCAAAGACAGUGAGCCCCAGAAUCCUUAUACAAAGAAUCCCUAUGCAAGCCAAAGCCAUAUGCCUCGCCCUGACUAUUAGAAUAAUAAACUUUGGAAUCCUCUAUGGCCCUCAACCUAAUGUUCAAACUAUUACUUGGAGAGUUUCAAAGGCUGAUGGAAAAAUGAGCAUCAGCGAAGAUCUGGCUCCAGUGCUCCUCGCCUGAUAUCCACCAGCCUCACUUGAAUGGAAGCUGAGAAUGUUUGCAAUGAAUACUGCUUGCCUGAUUGCUGAAUAAAUAUA